AUGAGCGAUGGUCGUUCUGUCAGUGGUCAGUUAAAGAAGUUUGUCUUUCGCGGAAAAUCAAGUACCAACGGAGAUACAAGAGGUGAUUAUCUGGAGAUAGUUAUACCAGAAUUGUUGUCGGCCGGCUACUCAUUUUACACGUGGCCGUCGGCGCCUUUAUUAGCCUGGUACUUGUGGACUCAAAGGAGACAUUUACGCGGUCUUCGCGUUUUAGAGUUAGGUUGUGGCACUGGUUUGCCGGGAAUAUUAGCUGCUAAGUGUGGUGCUCACGUGACAUUAACAGACAGUGUAUCUUUACCACGGUCUCUGCGACAUUUGUCUGCUUGUUGUGAGGCGAACGGUUUGAUUCCCGGUCGAGACGUACAAGUACUAGGCCUAGCCUGGGGACUAUUCUUAGCCGACGUACACAACCUACGUCCCGUAAACUUACUUUUAGCUUCCGAUUGUUUUUACGAGCCAUCACAAUUUGAGGAAGUACUGUCGACUGUUGCUUAUUUUCUUGAAGGUACUGACGCACGUUUUUUGUGUGCUUACCAGGAGCGGAGCGCAGAUUGGUCCAUUGAAGCUCUUCUCAAGAAGUGGGGGCUGAAAGGUGCACUGCUGGACUUAGACUCCCUGAGUGAGAGCUCCGGAGUGGAUUACAGAGCCUUGAUCGGUGAACGAUCACUACAUUUGAUUGAAAUUAUUUCUGUUUAG